AUGAUUCAUGGGUUUCCAAUUUGCAGGGGGAAGCUUAGCAUCAACCAUUUAUUUUUUGCAGACGAUAGCUUGCGUUUCUGUCGACCAAAUGCAAGGGAGUGGUCCUCUAUCCAUAUUCUGUUAAAACUCUAUGAAGAAGCCUCUGGCCAGAAACUUAACAAGACAAAAACAUCUAUUUUCUUCAAUCCAAACACAAGAUCAGCAACUAAAGAUUACAUUUUGAGUCUUGCAGGUACUAGAUCAUCUUCUUGCUAUGAAAAGUACCUUGGAUUACCAGCACUCGUAGGUAGAUCCAAAAAUGCUGCUUUCAAGGGUAUCAUUGACAGAAUCAGAGCAAAAGUAGGAAACUGGAAGAAUAAGUUCCUUUCUCAUGCAGAGUCAUGCAUCAUUUUUGGUGGGGCCAGCUUCAAAAUGAAAAAAGGUGCAUUGGGUGUCUUAGAGACAGAUGGGAAGAUUGAAAGCUGCAGGAGGGAAGAUGAUAAAGUGGAAAGACUGAUAAACAAUGAGACCAAGCAAUGGGAUAAGGGCCUGAUUACAGAUGCUCUUGGUUUUGAUACAGCUGCAAUGAUUCUAAAAAUUGCCAUCAGCUCUUCGGGUGCUAAAGAUAAACUAAUAUGGUUGGGCACUAAAGAUGGUUCAUUCACUGUCAAAAUCGUUGCUAGGAGCAUAUGGUUAAGAAGAAACAAGCUACUCUUUGAGGGGUCCUUCUUGCACCCAAACCAGGUUUUGAAACAGGCAUCUCAGUCCCUAGAAGAUUUCAAGGAUGCUGUUGUGGAUAUGCCCCAAAACAGAAUUGGCAUUGGUCUGGUGGCCCGAGACCAUGAGGGCACUGUGUUGGUCACUAAAAAGCUUUCUAUCUCCACCAUUACUGAACCUAUCUUGGUUGAAGCAUUAGGAGCCUUUCAUGCAGCUACCUUGGCAAAGGAACUAGGUUUGAACUCUAUUAUCUUAGAAGGUGAUGCACUCCAGAUUGUGAAUGGAAUCAACCUCCAAGCUAAAAGAUGGGAUAGAGUGGGUAUGAUUUUGUUAGACAAUAAGGUGUUACUCUCUAGCUUGAAUCAAUGGAAGGUAGUUUUUGUUAGGAGAAGUGGUAAUCAGGUUGCUCACGAACUAGCUAAGGAAUCAUUAGAACUAGCUGAGAAUUCGAUUGAACUGGUCUAUCGACCACUUUGUAAUCCUGUUCCACCUUUCCCUUGA